AUGGAAUCUUCAAAAUAAAUCUAAUGUAGAAACAAAAGAGCUUUAAAUAAAACACUUUCCAAAAACUAUGCAACUAAAAGUAUUAAUAUCUAAUGAUUUAGUAAUUGAUCUACUCUCAAGUAAAAGUUAACAUUCUUACUUUGGUUCUAUUCCAAAAAGUGAAUCUCCAAUUAAUCGAAUGAGAAUUUUGAGAAGUUUAAGAAUACGAACUUAAGAGAAUGAAUAAAAUAGAAUAUGUAAAAGCUUUGAUCUUAAAGUUAUUCAUCAUACUAGAAAAUAACAAAGAAGAAAGAGUGGUAUUGAACCAUUAUCAGAGAAACAAGUAUCGAAUUUUAUUAAUUAUGUAAUUAGAUGCAUCUUAAUUGUUUAUAUCCAAAGACUUGUGUAUAGUAAUAGUAAAUAUUAUUGAAUGAGAUUUUAAAAACAAAGGAAAGAAAGAAAACUCUAUUUAAACGUAUGUCUAGUAUCUUAAUUAAACAUUAAACAACACUUCGUAAUAUUGGAAAUUAGAAUAGUAUUAAUAAUCAAAGAAACAGUGAAAUUUAAUUAUUAAUGCUUUAAUAAUCCUAAUAACCUAUUGAUGAACCUGUUCUAGAAGUUAAAAAACCUAAGAUUCGAUAAUCUAUCAUUGAAUCUGAAUAACCUAAAGUAGUAUUAAAUAUAUCUCGAAAAUCUAAAAAACCCUUUGCUUCAAUCUUGAGUUAUGUUAAUGAAAAAACAGAGAAAACUUUACAAUAAAAAGAAUUGACAAAUAGCAAUCCUUUCUUAAGUUACAUGUCUUGUCAAAGUUUGACUGAGAUGAAUGGAUAAUUACAUAGUAAUUCUCCUUAAAGGAAAUAAAUAUCUCCAAAAUUAGCUUGUCCUCUUCCAGAAAUUAAAUUAGUAUCAUCAGCUCGUAAUUAUAAUAAUGCAAACGAUAUUAAUUUUCUUAAAUAGAAAUUUAAAAAUAAUAUUUAUUAUGCUAAUUCAUAAAGGAAGAAAAGAAUUGAGACAAAAGUUUGA